UCCGUUCAACUCUCUGUCUUCUUCCGAUAUUUUCCCGAUAUCAUUCCCGCCCCCCAUUUACUCGCGAUAUCUCUCUCACCUUCUCUCUCUCUCUCUCUCUCUCUCUCUCUCUCUCUCUCUAAGCUCCCACCAAUUUCAAAAGUUAAAUAGGCCAAAGAGGAGAAGGAGGAGGAGCCAGCUGAACAAAACAGAACAGAAGUUGCAGACUCAGGAAGACGAAGACGAAGACGAAGACGAAGGCGAAGGAGAGGGAAUAACCGCUUUAAAUUACCAUUCUGCCACAUCCUUUAUUACCCACCCACCACCUUCAUUCCCUCUUCCUUUUCCUUUGCGUUUUCCGUCUAUAUAACUCAGUUUCGUAACCCAAAAGCCUCUCUCUAUUUCUAAAUACCAAAAACCCCCUACCAUUCCUUUUCACUACACUUUCCCAUCAAUUCAAGCUAUCUCUAUUUCCUUUCACUCCAAUCUCGUAUUCAAUGUGACCCCCUCCUUCCUUCCUUCUCAAUUAAUCUCUCGAUCUUCGAUCUCCCUCGUUCUGUGAAGCAGCUGUAUCCUUACCUCUAAUGGACAAUUGAAAGAAGAAGAAGGGAAUCGUUUGGGAGUCAAAAUGCGGGUGAAGGAAAUGCAUCCUCUUUGCUGUAUCUCGCUGGAGAGUCCCGGAAUCGGUAAUCAGUCACCAGACGCUUCGCUUUCCAGGACUAGGAGUCUGCCAGCGAGUUUUGCUGCGGUCGGAUCUGAGCGCAAUGCCGGUGGGCGGGCUCGGGGAUCGGAGGCCACCGUGGCUGGGAUCCUCUAUAAGUGGACCAAUUACAGCAAGGGGUGGAGAUCGCGUUGGUUCCUCUUGAGAAAUGGUGUCCUCUCUUACGCCAAGAUCCGGUGGCCGGAAAACCUCAAUCUCCUCACGCCGACCGACGACGUCAGGUUGAUUGGCGAAAUCUCAACUAACCGAUUGGCGAGGAUGGACAGCGGGAGUACCGUGCGUCGGAAGAACCAGAAAUCUGCGUCUGGCGUAGUCCACCUCAAGGUUUCGUCCUUUAGAGAGAGCAAAUCAGACGAUCGGCGGUUCUAUAUCUUUACUGCUACCAAGACUCUCCAUCUGAGAACUGAUUCGAGGAAAGAUCGGGAGGCGUGGAUGCGAGCAUUGGAAUCGACUCGUAGCUUGUAUCCGAUUAGAUCACUGAAGGAUGAUAUUUCUCUUGUACCCACUGAUAUAUCUAUAUCAACUGAGAGCCUGAAAAAGCGUUUGCUCGAGGAAGGAACUGCUGAGAACGUUGUGAAGGAGUGUGAGCAAAUAAUGCUCUCUGAAUUCUCGAGAAUGCAAGGGCAACUUCAAAUUCUUUGUGAAGAGCGAUCAAAUUUGCUUGAUACAAUAAGGCAGUUGGAGGCAGCUAAUAUUGAACCCGAGGCCUCUGGGCUCCAUGAUGGUGAAUACCAGUUAACUAAGCAUGAAUUUUCAAGUUUAGGACGUGGAAAGUAUAGUGAAUGCAGUACAACUGAAUCAUCUGAAGAUAUUGAGAAGCAGGAGAUGGAAGAAGUGUCAGAUGAAGAUGAAAUCUCAUACUAUGACACUGAAGAGUGCUUUGCAGAACCUGGUUUCAGGUGUGGGUCAUCAGGACCUCUGGUUCCAGCGGGCAAGCCUGGGGAAACCGAUGCACAAUGCAUUGAUCUCAAGAAAAUUCAGCCUGAAAAGGCAGUCUAUAAUUCUAGUUAUCCUCAGAUUACAAGACGAAGAAAGCUUCCUGAUCCUGUUGAGAAAGAGAAGGGUGUUAGUCUUUGGUCAAUGAUCAAAGAUAAUGUGGGAAAGGAUCUCUCUCGCAUUUGCCUUCCUGUGUACUUUAAUGAGCCAAUAUCUUCCCUUCAGAAAUGUUGUGAAGACCUCGAAUACUCUUACCUUUUGGACCGAGCUUAUGAGUAUGGAAAAUCAGGAAACGGUCUCCUUCGGGCACUGAAUGUUGCAGCCUUUGCAGUUUCUGGAUAUGCAUCAUCUGAAGGUCGUCACUGUAAACCCUUUAAUCCUUUGUUAGGGGAAACUUAUGAAGCUGAUUAUCCUGAUAAAGGAAUUCGCUUCUUUUCUGAAAAGGUCAGUCAUCAUCCAACUCUCAUUGCCUGCCACUGUGAAGGUAGGGGAUGGAAGUUUUGGGGUGACAGUAACAUUCAUUCAAAGUUUUGGGGCAGGUCAAUUCAGCUUGACCCAGUGGGAGUUCUGACCAUAGAAUUUGACGACGGUGAAAUAUUUCAGUGGAGUAAGGUCACUACAUCAAUUUACAAUCUUAUACUUGGUAAAAUAUACUGUGAUCAUCAUGGAAACAUGGACAUACGCGGUAAUCGCCAGUAUUCAUGCAGGCUUAAGUUUAAAGAGCAGUCUAUUCUUGACCGAAAUCCUCACCAGGUGCAUGGAUUUGUUGAAGAUGUUACGGGGAAAAAAGCUGCCACAUUAUUUGGCAAGUGGGAUGACAGCAUGUUCUAUGCUAUUGGUGAUGGGAAUGUCAAGUCCAAACAUGUAACUUCAUCAGAUGCACCGUUGUUGUGGAAAAGGAGUAAACCUCCAACUAAUCUCACUCGGUACAAUAUGACAUCAUUUGCUAUCACUCUGAACGAGCUUUUGCCAGGACUGAAGGAGAAGCUCCCGCCCACGGAUUCCAGGAUGAGACCAGAUCAGCGGCAUCUAGAGAAUGGGGAAUAUGAGAAGGCGAAUUUGGAGAAGCAAAGGCUGGAGAAGAGGCAAAGAAUGUCUAGGAAAAUCCAAGAAAAUGGUUGGAAACCUAAAUGGUUCCAAAGAGAUGGUGAAAAUGGAACAUUUCGAUACGUAGGCGGGUAUUGGGAAGCCAGAGACCGAGGAAAAUGGGAUGGAUGCCCAAAUAUAUUUGGUGAAUUUAAUGGAGACACAGUUGCUCCUUUGGAUGCAUCUUGAUUAUUUCAGUUCAGUUAAUGGUAAAGAAGGCAGAAUUCAUACAGGGCAGUGUGUUAAGACAGGAUGAAGGUGACAGUAGAACCUCGUAAAAUGGUGCCCUCUAGUUCUCAGCAUAAAGCUUCGUUAUUGAUUGCCCUUUUGUUGCUGAUAUAUGGAAAUGGAAGUGAUCAUAAACCAGAACAAAGGGGGUAAACUUGAAAUAACGCAACUCUUUUUUUUUUUUCCCCUUAUAGUUGCUUAGCAAAUAUGAGAUUUACUUUGGAAUAUAGCCUAGGUCAGCUGGACGACUUUUGUAAUUUUUUUUCCUUGACCUCAGAAGCGUAUUACUUGAAUGUAUUUUUAGCUCUGCAGUUUUUUUUUUGGGUCUAGUCAUAAUCUCUCUGAGAAAAGAACUCAGCUUAGCGAAGGUGCAUCAGGGCGUGUCCUCUCACUAUGUUAGGAUUAGUGCAGUAUUAUGCCUUUUUUAUUUUUCAGAAUAAGAAUGUUGUUGUUUGUAUGUAGCCGUGUUAUAUCCACUUAAUGUAUGAUUCCCUCUGAUAUCUAUAGUACUUGCCUUCGUGGCUUGUAAUUUUAUCAGAAACAAUAGAUUACAAGGUAUAUUUUCCUUCCUAAAUAAAUUGAUUCUUUUUUGUUA